CAUAUAUUUGGGGGGAUUUCACGGAAAAAAGGGGGAAUCCUCGACAUUUAGAGUGUAGCAAAGGAAAAAACACUAAGGUUGGGUUCCUCCCUGUCAUUGGCAGUGCCCCAGUAGGGGUGGGAUUGGGGCGAAUAUCCCCAAAGCUAAGGCCCCACACCCUUUAAAUUACAAGAGUAGGUUUGGCAGGAGUGUGCCCCAAAAUAGAGUGGAAAGGUGUCUGGAAAUACACCACGUCUUGGAAAUUUGGGGGUCUUGGCUUUGGGACAGAGGAAGUGGGGACAGCAGGGAAGGGGGUUUUCGGUAGGGAGCGAAAUUUGAGGGUGGGGACAACUGAGGAGUGCAUAGGCUGCUGGGUCCCCUGGAGCUAGCACGUCGCCCAAGGGUGGGAGCUGGCUGCUGUGGGGGUGGGGGGCGUGGGGGAAUCUGGGACGUAUCCUCAGGUCCUCUGGGUGAGGCGGUGAGCCGGGCCCUGAGUGUCAAGAGCAUGCUCUGGUGAGCGGGCUCCUCUCGGGGAGCCCAUCGCGCUCCGGGCGCCGGCCGAUCUGGGGGUGUCUCCUCCCGGGGCGCCAUGGCGGCGCUGGCCAGUAGCCUGAUCCGGCAGAAGCGGGAGGUCCGCGAGCCCGGGGGCAGCCGGCCGGUGUCGGCGCAGCGGCGCGUGUGUCCUCGCGGCACCAAGUCCCUUUGCCAGAAGCAGCUCCUCAUCUUGCUGUCCAAGGUGCGACUGUGCGGGGGGCGGCCUGCGCGGCCAGACCGCGGCCCGGAGCCUCAGCUCAAAGGCAUCGUCACCAAACUGUUCUGCCGCCAGGGUUUCUACCUCCAGGCGAAUCCUGAUGGGAGCAUCCAGGGCACCCCAGAGGACACCAGCUCCUUCACCCACUUCAACCUGAUCCCUGUGGGGCUUCGUGUGGUCACCAUCCAGAGUGCCAGGCUGGGUCACUACAUGGCCAUGAACGCCGAGGGACUUCUCUACAGCUCGCCACAUUUCACAGCUGAAUGUCGCUUUAAGGAGUGCGUCUUUGAGAAUUACUAUGUCCUGUAUGCCUCUGCUCUCUACCGCCAGCGCCGUUCUGGCCGGGCCUGGUACCUGGGCCUGGACAAGGAGGGACAGGUCAUGAAGGGAAAUCGAGUCAAGAAGACCAAGGCAGCCGCCCACUUUGUGCCCAAGCUACUGGAGGUGGCCAUGUACCGGGAGCCUUCUCUCCACAGUGUCCCUGAGACCUCCCCUUGCAGUCCCCCUGAGAUGUAGUCCUUGGACUGGAGGCUUCCUGCAUUCCCAGUGAGCCAGCCACCGCCACAGCCUGUCUCCCAGUCCUGCUGCCACCCCUGCUGCCACACACAUGCCCUGAGCAGCCAGCUCCCCCCAGGUGCUCUACUCUGAGGGAGCCUAGGGGCUGGCUGUGACUUUCAGGGCUGCUGAGACCCUUAGAUCCUUGGGCCUGGGAGGUGGUCAGAGAGGAGGAUGUCUGAAAAUGGUCCUUGUUGGUCAUUUCUUUCUUUCCACACUCACGUACCUUCAAAGCCUUUUCCUGAGAUGGCACUGGGAGUUCCCAAGCUGAUAGAGCCAGGACAUAAACACUCCCCACCCCUGGCUCAGCUAGUUCCUGGAGUUCUGUGCCCCUUUCAUUGCCACUGAGCCAUAGAUUUAUAGGUCCACUGGAGCUCAGGAAUAGCUUCCCUCUUUCCCUACUCUAACUUCUACCUUGGUCUGGACAGAUUCUGGAACACCAGACACCCUGGCUAAGGCCACUUCUGCACUAGGGCUCUGUGCUGGAACCGAGGCAUGCUGCCAGGUUCUGUUCUGGAUCCAUCAGGCUUCUAUCCUUGACCCAGAUGGACCUCUGGCUUCCAAGUAGAAAGAGGCCAGAUUUGAGCAUUUUCUAGAUGUUGGCCUUGCCCCAAACUGGGACCAGUUUCAGAUCACCACUUCUUAUCCCAGAGACACCCAAUUCUAGAGCAUGGUGUUCUAGACAUUUUUGGAGCCAUACUUCCUUCUGAAUCCCAGCUCUAGGACAUAGACCACAGCUCUAAGCCAUUUUCCCCAGGAUGGAAGUGGGGCCUAUAUAGCCAUAUUAUUGCUUUAAAUAAGUUCUAGACCUACCCUCCCACCUUCUCUAGUGAUACCUAUUAAGGAUGAGCUCUGGAAAGGAUCCAGCUAUGAUUCAUAAAAACUAAGUUCUGGAUGAAU